AUGGCGCUGCGCGCGGCCGGGUUGCUAACCCGGCUGGAUAAUCCUGAACGGCGCACGGGAAACGACCACAUUUCUGGGACUUGGGGCGGGAGUUUGCUUUACGUUGACUUCGAGGCCUUAGAUACGUCGUCGUAUCAAAUGUUAAUUUCAAAAUCGGCAGCUACUUACUGCGUGAGACUGAGUUGUAUCGUGCCCAGGUGGCGCUGUGUGCAAAUCGAAUUGUUGGAGGGGAAGGUUUUAGUGCUGAAAACCUUGAACUAUGACCUUGCAUGA